AUGUUGAGACGCCUCCGAGCCCGCAGCAGGAGUUUGUUCCCUGGCUACAAACCCGGCAGCCGAACUGUAGCCUUCAGGGAACCAGACGACUUUGUGGAUUUGACCAGGAUCAUUGUAAAGCCAUGGAAUUCUAUGCAGGAUCUAGGCAAGGACAUCUAUGAUCUUUAUGCUGAGGAUGAAGAGGAGGAUGCAUCGCCCCCUCACGUGCUGCUUUCUCCCGCCAAGCACUUCACACUUAACAUCAAUGUUGGUGGAACUUUGUACCACCUGCCCUACAGGUUAGCUGUCAGGUACCCCAAAACACGGAUUGGCCGCCUUGCUACAUAUACAGACCAUAACAAGAAGUUGGAACUUUGUGACGACUACAUUGUCCGCAGCAAUGAGUUCUUCUUUGACCGGGACCCCAUCAUUUUCCAGAAUAUUUUCAACUUUUAUAGUACUGGGGUCUUGUGGAUUAAAGAUGAACUUUGCCCCCGCAACUUCCUGGAGGAGAUCAACUACUGGGGCGUCAGGAUCAAGAACAGCCAUCGCUGCUGUCGCAUCUCAUUCGAGGAGAGGCAGGACGAGCUAAACGAGCAGCUAAAAAUACAAAAGCAGCUGAUGGCAGAGGUGGAGAUAGUUGCAAUGGAGGCAAAUGAGGCCUUGUAUCAAAACAUGGCCUUUGGACACACCCGCUGGAAGAUCUGGAACAUGAUGGAAAAGCCAUUCUCCUCUGUUGCUGCCAAGCUCAUGGCUGUCGCAUCCUCCAUUAUUGUCCUGAUCUCACUGGUUGCCAUGACACUGAACACCGUGGAGGAAAUGCAGUAUAAGACAGCAUCUGGCCAGCUGAGCGGCAGGUUCUAUGGCGAACAUGUGGAGACUUUCUGCAUCGCCUUCUUCACCCUGGAGUAUGUUCUCCGCUUGCUGUCAACUCCCAACAUCAGAAGUUUUGGACGCAGCGUCCUCAACUCAGUCGACCUGAUCGCCAUCCUGCCGCACUACUUGCAAAUGGUUCUGGAGUGUUUUGAUGAAAAGGACACACACAUGGAUUCUGUAGACAUUGAGACUGUGUCACGUGUCGGAAAGUUAGGCCAAGUCCUGAAAAUCAUGCGAUUGAUGCGGAUCUUUCGGAUUCUAAAACUGGCUCGUCACUCAACAGGCCUCAGAGCCUUUGGCUUCACACUGAGACAGUGCUACCAGCAGGUGGGCUGUUUGCUGCUGUUUAUUGGCAUGGGGAUCUUUGUGUUCUCAGCCAUGGUGUACACUGUCGAGCAUGACGUUCCCAACACCAACUUCACUUCCAUGCCACUUGCAUGGUGGUGGGCUGCUGUCAGCAUUUCCACAGUGGGCUACGGUGACAUGCUACCAGAGACCAACCUGGGCCGCGUCUUUGCCUUCGCCUGCAUCGCCUUCGGCAUCAUCCUCAACGGCAUGCCCAUAUCUGUGCUCUACAACAAGUUCUCGGACUACUACGGCAAGCUCAAGUCACAAGAGUAUGCAGCAGUCACCAAAGCUCGCGGCGAUCUGCAGUUUGCGCGAAGGGCAGCAAAGAAGUUAGCGGAAUGUUAUCAGUCAAGAGCGUCCCGACUGCAGUGUCAAUUCGUUAACGCAGCAGAGGGGAAAGCUUUUGGAGUCUGUCAAGGCCACACACGCUCGUAA